AUGACGGACACCUCGCCCAGGGCGCCGGAAGCCUCGCCGGAAGCGUCAGGGCCGUCGCCCAUAUCGCCUUCCUCCCUGACGUCUGGACAUAGCUGGUAUCAGAAGUCAUGCUUUGCGAUGUCCCUCAUCUCGCCCCUUGCGUGUGCCAGUGUCUUCGUGCUGGUCAAGGAUAUCUAUGUCUUGGAACUGGCAGCAGACAUUCAAGUCAUGGCAGCCGCGGGUGUUGUUGUGGCAAUCUGGGGACCCACCAGCUAUGUCUUGGCAGGCUACUGUUUAGAGGAGGGAUUUCUCUCUCGCUGGUUUCCUUGGGAAACCUGGGGUCGUCGAGCUCCCUGGUAUCUCACCCACUGCAUCGGGUGUGCAAUUUGCACCUCGCUACUGUACUUUCCUCCCAGUUGGGAUCCUGUGGUGCUUUGCAUUUGGUAUCUGAUCUGGGGCUGCUGUUGCGCCUGGCUUUUGGCCGUUCAGUUCACAUGCUUCGAGUCUGCCAGAGCCGAGAUCUACCCCACCAAGGAAGAAAGAAGCGAGACUGAGAGCUUGUGCAAAGUCACCUCCGGAAUAGGCAAUGCACUGGGCUUGUUACCACAGCUGGUGGUGGCAGCCAACAUGACUCGCCUAUCCUUGAGCUUGGCCGGUGCCAGCUUCUUGUUGGUUGGUCUGAUCUCAUUGGCGUCUGUUCCAGUUUUGAGGCAAGCUAGACAAGCCUUCAAUCAAGAUGCAAUGCCUACUUGCUUUUUUUGGGAGUACUUGGAGGUCAUCAGACAACCCGCAUUUGCACUGCUUUGCAUGUAUCGUUUUUUCGAUGGCGCCGUCAACACAUUGUUGGUAAAUGGCGCGUUGUACUAUUACACCUUCGUGAGUGGCCUCAGUGGUUCAGAUCGAUCGCUGUACAUCACAGUGACAGGUAUAGCUCAAGGCUUUGUGACGAUGUCGCUCCUGCCGGUGUGGACCAUCUUCUUUCGGAAGAAGAGACCAACGAACAACAACAAGGUCUGUGCUGGAGCUUGCAGCAUGGGCCUGGUCGCACCAAUCGCACUCUAUUUCUUCCAUGGUGUGCUGGCAGAUCCUUUCGAUUUCUUGGUGUACUUCGUACUCAUCGGUGCCAGCUUCACUGGUCAAACCUAUUGGAGGGCCAUUGUGCUUUGUUGGGUUGUGGAUGAGGACUGCCAAGCCAAAGCGGGCCGCAGAAGGGAAGCGAUUUUUGUUGGAUGUAUCUCCUUGAUCUCCAGCACCGGGAGAGCAGCUGCCUCAGGCAUUCUCCUCACGGCACUCUCUGCAGCUGGCUUGGAGGUCAGCAACUGCGCAGCCGAGUGCACCAACGUGGAUCGCGAUGCCAUGUCCAAGUGUCGGGAAGAAUGUGAGAUUCAGAACUUUCAGUCGCAAGAUCCAGCCGUUGCAACCUGUAUUCAGUUCUUCUAUUUCGCAGUGAUUCCCAGCUGCCAGCUCAUUGCAGUUGUUCUGACCUACAUUUUCCCCAUCCACUCGCAUCGUUUGGAGCUCAUCUACAAAAACCAGGAGGAGAUCUACAAACCGAUGACAGGGAUGAGCGACACACCCAAAGCGACAAAAGCGACACACGAGGUUUCCACGGUGGAAACCGCGCCUCCAGCGCCUGCCCCGGUGGAAACCGCGCCGGAGGCAGUGCCACAGGCGCCACAGGCGCCACAGGAGAUCUUAGGAGCCGCACAGGGCCCAACUCCAAAGGUGGCCAGAGCCAAAGAGACGUUCACUGGCCCUGAGGAUUUUCGCCAAGUGAAGGCUCCGAAAGCGACAGAAUGCUGGGUGGCAGCCCAUGAGGACUGGAGCAAGGAUGGGUCUCAGAUGAUCAAAGUGCCAUUGGCUCGUCUACGUGCGGCUUUCGUGUCGAAGGAACGUGGCAAGAAGACCCAAAGAGAUCCGAAGCUUCGAGCUGAAUUGGAGGAGGAGCUGAAAAAGGGCCGUGACGCCUCCGAAUGCACGGUGCAAAGGUUGCUGGAGCAAGGGAUGCAAGGGGAUGUGUUGGACUCCGAGGCUGGUGACAAAGCAGAAGGCUUGGUGGUUAAAGCCUUCCGCAAUGGCUGCAAACCAGCAGUCAUGGAGGCCUUGCUGAAAAGCUGGAGCCCUGUGAUGCCCAGAGAUCUGAAGGAUGUGGCCGUGCUUCGUGAUGAACUCCGACCCAGCUCGGAGUUGCGGGCGUCGCUGCUGCGUGCAGCCAGGAAGGCCCGAGAGCAGAUUUCCAGCCAAUGGCUCGACUUUUCACCAGGACCUCCAGUCUUGGCAAAGAAACGAUACUUUGAUGUGAAGACGGAUGGCUGGGCAGAGGAGCAGGUGAUGGUGCAGCUCGACUCGAAAGCCUUUGGGAAAGGCGCUCUGCGAGAGUGCUUUCGCAUGAAGGAAGUGCGCCUGGAAAGCCGUGAAUUUGUUGGACAUGCAGAAGGAAAGCUGAAGGUCAACCAGACCACAGAUCAUCACCUUUGUUUCGAAGCCAUUGCAUGCGGCUUGAUGGAGCUACCGCGCAAUCGCCGGCGGACGCUUUGGGUCGCCAAGCGUUCCAUCGCGGAUCACCAUCGCAAAAUCAUGCACAAGCGAGAGUGUGAGACAGAUGUCAUCCACCAGACGUUUGCGAAGCACUACGCAGAGCUGUUCAACCAGGAAAUCCAUCGUCAUGCUGUGGAAACCGGUUUGGGCCGCUGCGGAGCACAUGACAUCGAUUUCCUGCUGACUCAUGUGGUGGAGCUACCAGAGAGAGUCACUGUGAGCGCCGAAGCCUUCGUGCUGGGGGACUACAGAAAGCACAACACCAACGGUGGAUCGACCAUGGGUCCUCGUACCACUCCACAAGCUUUUAGCUACUUCACCUUCAUCAAGUCGGGACGUCGACUGAUGAUUGUGGACAUCCAGGGCGUUCUGGAUUUGUACACAGAUCCUGUGAUCCAUUUUCUUCCCAGCCGCGUUUCUGGAAAGCUAGCAGGCGCCGACAUGGAACUGAACUUCGGCAUCAAAGGCUUCGCGCUCUUCUUGUGGAGCCAUCGGCGGAACGACAUCGAUCAGCUCCUGAACUUGCCCGUGUUCGCCCUCUCCUGUCACGAGGAGAAACACUUGGCUCCAAACAGUUCCAGGACCGUGUCGCAACUCAUCGCCACGUCCAAGAAGGACCCGUCUCCCCAGGCACAAGAACCUGGGGACUUUGUGGUGUUGCUGGCGGAGACUCCAGGUGUGGACCUCUCGGACUGGUGCAACUGGCGUGGUGCACUGCGGCACCGCUCGGGUGAUGUCGUGCCACCUGAGGACUUGAUCGAGGCAGAAUGCCACAUGGAAAUCGCCGCGAUGUAUCAUCAAGGACGCAUCACACUGCGCGAUGAACCAAGAGCUCCUCCGGAGCAAAAAGAGGUGGAGUCGGCGGUCUUUCACCUGGUGGAAGCGGCACGACAAGAUCUGCCGGAGGCGCUGUUGGCUUUGGCGCGGCUUUGUUCUGACGAAGAACACGCUGAUUUUCUGCCACAGGUGAAGGGCUCACAACCCAACACUAUGCGUGCCCUUUUGGCGCGUGCAGCUACUCUUGGAGCGAGGCAUGCCAUGGCUGCACUUGCAGACCUUGUGUUGCGAGAUGCCAGCUCCAGCACUGAAGAGCUGCAAUUGGCCUGCGAGCAUUUGGAGGCAUUUGCCGAAGAUGUCUUAGAAGAACGUCGCGCAAAAGCCGCGAUGGCUGAGGAGGAGUCAGAGGAAGAAGAGGAGGAGGAGGACGAAGAAGAAGAGGAAGUUGACCAAGAGCACAACUCCCUACACAAAAAGAACUUCGGUUGGGAUGCCCACGGCUACGAUGCGCCUAGCGCCUUGCGCAGGGCGGCGGAGCUUUUUGAAGGGCCACUGGCAGAGGUUCCUAAUGCGGCAAGUCGAGCUGCAGAGCUACGAUGCUUGGCAUGGCAAGUCGAGCUGCAGUUUGGCAUCCGGAAGGUGAAGGCAGCCUUGAAUUCGUUGACCUCGGGCAACGGGGCACCUUUGUAUGGCGAGCCUCGGUUAGCGAUGCUGCUGGCGGAACGUGGAAGCCCAUGGGCCGAGCUGUGUUCCGAAGCCUGCCAAGAGAUGGCAAGAGCUGCCGAGCUCCAGCUGACUGCGGCGGAUGCCGCGCUGCCGGCGCUGCAGAGCUCCGUGGCCCAGGCGCGCGAGGCGCGCGAGGCGCGCGCCGCGGCGGAACGGGCCGCGGCUGUGGAAGCGGCCGCCGCGGAGGAAGCCAAACUCAGAGAAGAGGAAGCAGCAGCUGAAGCAGCAGCUGAAGCAGCUGAAGCGCCUGAAGGGGCUCAAGGCGGAGGCGAAGAUCCUGAUGCUACCGUGGCCAGUGGAGAGGCAGCCAAGAGUCCUGCACCGCGCCAAGAAGAAAAGAAGGGAAAGGAGGAUGCCAAAGCAGCUUCUAAGGCAGAUGAGGAAGAGGCGUUACAGCGCCGCAAAGAGGAUCGAGCAAUCGCCAAAGCCAGACUUGCUAUCGCUGAUGCCAAGUCAAGGAUUGUGGAAGCAAAAGCAGCAGCAGAUGCUUGCAAGCGAAUGGCCAGGACUUGGCCUCGAGGGAAUUGGGCAUCGCUCAUGGAGGGCUUCAAAAAGGCCCUGCUGGCGCCCAUUUUAGAAGCAGAUGGGCCCAAGGAUGGCGGCUUGGAGCUCAAUGGCCGCUUUGGCUCGUGGUUAGGAGGCUUGCUACGUGCUGGCUGUAAGCCAACAGAGCGGCAGGUUGAGAUCGUGGCGAGAAGGGUGUCCAUUGCACUAGCUGAGGUAAGGAUCGUCAGAGGGAGUAAGUAUUUGCGCCAUUUUGCAUCCGCACUCAUGGACUUUAGAUGCCUGGAGACAUGUCCAGAGCUUGCAGCUUUGCUGGCGCUGGGUCCAUCACCAUGUCUUCAAGCUGUUCAAGAUGCUGUAGCUCCAGCACUGCAAGGUUGGGACCCGCGCCUGGCCACGCAGGUCUUAAGUGGUUUGGCCAAGGCCAAGCGCGGGAGAACGUCGUGGAACGUCCUCGAAGCCAUGCAGCUUCAGCAGUUGGAAACCAACGCCUUUCACUUUGGUGCUGCGAUGAAUGCCAUGGGCACUUGGCCCCAGGCCAUUGCGCUGUUGGAGCGCGCCAGAAAAUCUGGCGCAGCAAAUACUGUGGUCAUCAACUCUGCCAUCAACUGCUGUGCCAAGGUCGGUGCAUGGCCGGUGGCGCUGCAUCUACUGCAGAUCGGCGGCUCGCCAGAUGUGAUCAGCUUUAGUGGAGCUAUCAACGCAUGUUCCCUGGGUGGUGAAUGGCACUUGGCCGUGGAGGUCCUCAUGAAGAUGAGUGAAGCCAGAAUUCAGCAGGAUGCCAUCAGCUACAACUCGGUGAUCACGGCUUGUGAGACUGGCGAUCAAUGGAACCUCAGCUUGGAGCUGCUGCGUUCGAUGAAGGAGAACCAACUACAGCCCACCGUCAUAACGUACAACUCUGUCAUGUCAGCAUGUCAAAAGUGGCAGGAUGCUUUGCAACUUCUGUUCACCAUGCAGACAGAGACCAUUGAGGCAGAUGUCAUUAGCUUUGGCGCAGUGAUUUCCAGCGCCAGCUGGGAGCUUGCGGUCCAUGUGUUGGACUCCAUGUUUCUCCAGCAGAUUCUCCCAGACAUCGUUUGUUACAACGCAGCAAUGACAUCGUGUCGUUCGAAUUGGCAGCGAGCCCUGGCGCUUUUUUGGCAGUGCCAAACCAUGCGCAUCCGACCUGAAACUGUGACCUACAACGCCGUCAUCAGUUGCUGCGGGCAGCACUGGACCUUGUCCAUCCAUCUCUUCUCGGAGAUGAAAGAGGUUAAACUGCCUCCUUCGACAGUGACCUACAAUGCUGUGAUCGAUGCCUGUAGCGCUGGCAACUGGGAGCUGUCUUUGCAGCUGCUGUUUACCAUGCCUUCACCAGAUGUCUUCAGCUUUGGCAGCGCCAUCAGUGCCUGCACCCAACAGAGCUUGUGGCGGUUUUCCCUGCAACUCUUAGCCUCGAUGCCUCGAGGGGUUCCACCCAACGUUGUGACCUACACGGCUGCCAUCAGUGCCUGUCACAAUGUCAGCGAGUGGAAAGUGGCUUUGCAUUUGCUGCACGAAAUGAGCCUGAAGGAAGUCAGUCCCAACACAGCCACGUACAAUUCGGCAAUCGCAGCCUGCCAUGAUGCUGGUCGCUGGCCCCAGGCACUCCAGCUGCUAUCGUUGAUGCGUGCCACUGAAGUUCCGCCGGAUGUCUCCAGUUACAGCGCAGCCAUCAGCAGUUGCCACUGGCGCGGCGCAUUGGCCUUGCUGAAGGACAUGCAAUCUGCAGAGGUUCCUCCGAAUGUCUCCAGCUACCGUGGCGUUCUUGACGCUUCGCUGGCAGCCGAGCAGUUCAACCUUGCUCCACCUUUGUUUGCCAAUGUUGCUGCGGUGGAGGCAGAACUCGCAGCGCUGCCAAGAAAAAACAGUCAACUUCAAACUGUGCGGGAUGUCGGGAUGUAUCAGUGA